CUCCAGACCUCGGCCUUCGCCAACCGCAGCUGGGCGCGCACGGACGGCUCGGCGUGGCUGGGGGCGCUGCAGACCCACGCGUGGAGCAACGACUCCCGCGCCAUCCGCUUCCUGCAGCCCUGGGCCCGGGGCCCGUUCAGCGACCAGCGGUGGGAGACGCUGCAGCGCGUGUUCAGGGUGUAUCGGCGCAGCUUCGCCAAGACCGUCCAGGAAUUCGUCCAGAUGCUGCACAUAGACUAUCCCUUUGAGAUCCAGGUGUCUGCGGGAUGUGAGGUGCACCCUGGAAGCCCUUCAGAAAGCUUCUUCCACGUAGCAUUUCAAGGAAGAGAUGCCUUGAGUUUCCAAAGAAAUUCUUGGGUGCCAGCCCCAGAUGCCCCACAUUGGAUGGAGACGGUCAGCAAAGUGCUCAACAGGGACCAAGGGACCAGGGAAACAAUACAGUGGCUCUUCAAUGACACUUGCCCCCAACUUCUCAUAGGCCUCCUUGAGGCAGGGCAAUCAGAACUGGAGAAGCAAGUGAAGCCGGAGGCCUGGCUGUCCAGUGGCCCCCCUCCUGGUCCUGGCCUUCUGUUCCUGAUAUGCCAUGUCUCGGGAUUCUACCCAAAGCCUGUGUGGGUGAUGUGGAUGCGAGGUGAGCAGGAGCAGCCAGGUACUUCGAAAGGUGACGUCCUGCCCAAUGCUGAUGGGACGUGGUAUCUCCAAGUAACCCUGGAUGUGGCUGCUGGGGAGGCAGCUGGCCUGACUUGCCGAGUGAGGCACAGCAGUCUAGGAGGCCAGGACAUCGUCCUCUACUGGGGGAGCCACGGGCGUGCGGGCUGGAUCAUCAGGGUGGUGCUGGUGUCGCUGACUUUCCUUCUUCUGGUAGGCGGAGGCUUAACCUUCUGGUUUAAGAAGUACAGCUCUUAUCAGAACAUCAUCUGACUGUCCUCACCAAACCUGUCUGGAACUGAGGCUCUCAAGUCCUUGGGAACUGAGGAUGAAAGAGAGGCACCUCGAACAAGCAGGGAGCAAUCAUAAGACAGCUCUCAUCACACCCCUUUAAUACAUUAAGAGAAUUUAAGUAUACUACCUGUUUAUAAGCCCACGUGGUUCUUAAAAACAGAAGUGCAAAUUCAGAUACCUACCAGGAACAGGCAGAUAAGGGCCGGGUAUAAAGGCAUCUGUGGUCAUUGUUUGAAUGCUGGAAUCUACAGUGAACUGGAAAAUACUUGUUCUGGCCAAAGGAAGCAGGUCCAGCUGCUUGUCAAAUAUAAAGUAAGACCCUGGGUUGGCUGUAACCUACAUUUUUCAAGAAAAGUGGAAGUCUGUCCUAACUGGUUUGGCUCAGUGGUUGGAUUGUUGCCCUGGACUGAAGGGU